AUGGAAGCGCCCGCCACGGCGAUAACGCAGCCACGUUCACGACCACAGAGCAGCAUCCCGGAGCGCAAUCAGAAUUCGCAAAAUGCGCGACUAAAGUUGCAGCUCAAGUCUUCGUCAAAUGAAGCGCAUUCCGACGUUGUUGGUGACUACAGAGACGCGUCGUGGUUUAAGGCAGGUGAGGGUGACCUCAUCUUCGCCCAGUGGCUCCUAGGCCGAUGUAAUGGUGUUGGGGAUGCCACAACGCCGAAAUCCGAGGCUGCCACGCAACGCAUGUUUGCGCUGUUUAAAACACAACGACGACUGCGUCAGGAGCUGGCGCUGGGCUCUAAGAGAGAGGUGGUAAGUGUAGAAGAAGAAGAAGAAGGAGAUAUUGAGGGUGAAGAGGAGCGCGCGGCUGAUGCGGAGGAGCCGCUGUGGUGCGUAGAGGAGCUCGUGGAGCAAGUAGGCGAUGUGCUUAGGCCCUCGAGACGGGACUUUCAGAAGCAGCAGAGAGAGGCCGAGAAGAACAAUGCCAAAGUGGAAGGAGCCAUGGAGAGGAUCGUAGUGGCUGAGGUGGUGGAUAAUGCUACUGAGUUGAUCCUAAGCAGAGCCACACGUGAACAUGAGACGUUGCUGAGACGGUGGGUGGAGGUUCUGAAAGAAGAGGAAGCUAAGAAGACAGAGGAGGGGGCAACGGAUUUUAUCCCUGAAGUGGAGGGAAAGAACGAUGAAGUCACCCCACCGAAGAGCAAGAAGCGCGACAAGAAGGAGAAGAAGGCGCGAGUGAAGAAGAACAAGUCCAAAGUGGCGGAAGACACGGCAUGUGAGCAGGUAGAGUCGUUUUUGACAUUCUUGAGGGAGUCGGCAGCGACACAGACACACGUUGAAGCUUGUGUGACAGCUGCACCUUCAAAGGCGGAGAAGCUGUGGAUGUCGGAGCUGCAGCGAAUUGUGGAGGUGUCGAGUAUUGAGCCAGAGGAAGAAGCGCGUCGUCUGCGUGUAGCGAGCGACAUUGAGACUGUUCUACGACAUGGGGUGAGCAAGUGGCGUCACUGUGAAGUGAUUCUGUUCGGCAGUUCGAUGACGCACUACGGGUCGCGGACGUCGGAUCUCGACAUGUGCCUUCUUCCACAUGGCCGCAGUUCUAAGAAUGAUUCGUCUUCGCCCAAUGAAGUGAUAGGGAAGCGUCAACUACAGAGAUUGAUCGAUGGGAAAGCUACUGAGAACGGGCACGUACGGACUACAGAGAGCGAGCAAUUGCUGGAUCUUCACGCUCAGACUCACAAGAGCAUUGAGAAACUCACGCAGGCGCUCAACUCCUUGGAUCGAUCUGGUAAAAAUGGCGACAAACAGACCAAACAGCGUCGACAGCUCGAGUUCUUUAAUGCGCAGAUGCGUCUGCUUCGCAGCGCUAUUCUGGCCGACCUCGCAAAGCUUGGAGUCGCAGAGCCUAGCAAUGACUCCAACGCUAGUGGCAAAGCUGCACAUCUGAGGGCGAUUAUCGCUGACAGCAGACGUCAGAGCAAAGAUCUGUACCUUGUUCGCGCCAUUCUCGAGCGUGCGGCUAAGUGCGAGGUGCGUCACGUAAUUGCUGGUGCUCGAGUCCCCAUCAUUCGCUUCUUGCACACACGCAGUGGUCGAGACUAUGAGUGCGACUUGUGCUUUGACAAUGUGCUUGCUACGUGGAACACGCCACUGUUGCGCGCCUAUGCGUCUUUCGAUGAUCGUGCGCGUACUCUGGGCCUCGCAGUAAAGCACUGGGCUAAACAACGUGGCAUCAGUGACGCCUCGAUGGGAUUUCUCAGCUCGUAUUCGUUCGUGUUGCUCAGUAUCUACUACCUUCAAGUGGUACGCGUGCUUCCCAAUCUUCAGGCCCCUGGGCUCCUACAGUCGGCACAGAUUCAGCCACAGUUCUACAAUGACAUCAACAUUGCAUUCUGCGAGGAUCGAGCCGUCGCUCAAGCCUUCCUCGAGCGCUCCUUGGAGGGGAACUCAUCGGACAUGUCGUUGGCGACUCUAUUGGUUGGGUUCUUUGCAUAUUAUGCCACUCAGUUUGACUUUGCGGAGCGUGUCGUGACUGUCCGCUCGCCAGAGACGCCGGCGUUGAAGCUUGGGCAAUGGGGAAGUCGCAAGGCCAAGACAUGGCGCAUGAGCAUCCAGGACCCACUGGAGACCGGGCGUGAUCUAGGCUGUGUUUUGCAGUUCAAGGGGCAAGAGAGAAUCAUUCACGAGCUCCGUCGUGCCCAUGAAUUGUUAGCGCGUGGCGAGAGCUUCUCUGAUGAAGUUUGCGCCGUCGAGAAACCUGCUGGAAGAACUGGGAAGGCAAAGCAGUCGAAACAAGCGGCUGGAGAUGACUUUGUAGCAAGCGAGGAGCAGAGACAGCCGAACCAACAGCAAACUAAUAAGAUGAAACGAUCGUAUGUGAUGGUGUUGCAGAGCGCCGACGAAGAACUGACGAAGGAGAUUAUUGAGGUGCUCUUCAAGGAUUUCCAGAAAUCGUUUCGUGUUGGCAAGGUGGAGGAGGCAGCAGCAGACGGUGGCAGCGAAAACAAGAACAAACGGUGGGAGGUGGAGCUGUUGACGCAGGCUCAAAACUGUCCUCGAAAGUUAUCCCUAAGAACGCGAAUCGACUGGAAGGCGGCCGAUGGCCGGGUGGGUCGCGUGUGGGUUCAUCAUCAGGCUUUAUUCGCGACACCGCCAUGCCUCAAGUGUCUGUCACCAGAGCAUGGGACGGGUAAGUGCGUACCAGACGACUUAAACGAAGUUGACGACGACCUAAAGGGCGAUAAUGACGAGGUGCACAUCCCCCAGAAAAAUAUUCGACGUCACGUACUCCGUGUGGCAAUAGGUGGAGAUCACUCUUCUGCUCCUGGGAAGAAGAAUGACCGGCGCAAGAAAAAGCAGCAGCAGCAUGGAGCAGCACGAGACAGCCACCACAUAGGUCAACCCAAAAGCAACAAAAAUGUCAAACGCAGAAACAGCGACAAGUCAUCAGGCUCGGGCACAAAGGAGUCCCAUGAGGAUAAGAAAGCUGAGGCCACGGAGGUGACUGCUGUGCGUCGGGUAGAGACUGUGGAGAAGUCGUCGUCAACCUCGCGCUUCAAAGGAGACUCCAACAAGACGACACAAAAGAAGAAAAAAUGGCAGCAAAGAGCUCAUCGCAAAAGGGGCGACUCGAAGAGAGACAGCAAAAACGCUGCUGCAGAGUAAGGUAAAUGUAAAACAUCGCUCGCCCACGGUAUCUGCGUGCUUGUCUCUUCGUCUUAAUCUCUGAUACUCUGUCAAAAAACAGCAUCGACGAAGCUUUCCCGACAAUGCAGAAGCUCCUAUGUUCUGUAUCAAUGAGCGUUCGUUGAGCAUUAAAAUGGAACACACCACCCAGUUCGCGCGAUG